AUGGGAGAGGACGCAGCUGAACCCCCAACAAUUGAGAAACUGAUCGAGGUCCAGAUUGGAGAUGAGAAGCACAAAACAAUGUUCGUAGGGGCAUAUCUUCCUGCACACGAACGUGAUGGUUUGAUUACAUUUCUAAGGGCAAACACCGAUGUUUUCGCAUGGAGUUUUGCUGAGAUGCCUGGGAUAGAUCCGAAUGUAGCCUUCCACAGGCUAAAUAUCGAUGAGAAGUUCCAUCCAGUUCGUCAGAAAAUCAGGAAUAUGACGCAAAGCAAAAAAGAUGGAGUUACUGCAGAAGUCGAAAAGCUGUUGGAAGCAGGCUUUAUUCGACUAGUGCAGUAUCCUCGAUGGAUGUCUAAUGUCGUACCCGUUCCAAAGAAGAAUGGUAAAAUUCGUGUCUGUAUCGAUUUUACUGAUUUGAAUAAAGCAUGUCCUAGUGAUCCGUACCCGCUACCGCGGAUAAUAGAUUUGGUGGAUGCAACCUCAGGAUACGGGAGACUGUCAUUCAUGGACGUGAUCGAGAUAAAUUUUGAUUCGAGUCUGGCUGAUGCUGUUCAAAUAUUGUCCAGGCACAAACUUUUGAGUGCAAUUGUGAGGAAUGUUGAGGCACCAGAAGAUGCCAGCUGGAUUGACAGAUACAAUGGCAUUGUAGAGUUGCAAGGAAUCGUUGUAUGGCUUUUGCAUCAGUCUGAAGUCACAGCUCUAAAUGGUAGUUCAGCCCCUGAAGCUGUUGCCUCAUCCGAUUUUUAUAAGACUACAAAGGUUCAAGACAUUUCAGGGUCUUUCCGUUGGGCUCCAUUUCUUGCGCCGCAGAAAUCUGACACCUUCUUAACCAUGCUUUUGCUGCUAUCCAAAUACAAAAUGAAGAGCCUACCAGUGGUUGAUCUGGGUGAAGGAAAUAUCGAUAACAUUAUCACACAAUCUUCUGUGGUGCAUAUGCUGGCGGAAUGUGUUGGACUUCAUUGGUUUGAGAGCUGGGGAACGAAGAAGCUUAAAGAUCUUGGUCUUCCGAUCAUGAAGCCCCAUAAAUUGAUUAAGGUGUACGAGGAUGAGCCUGUUCUCAAGGCGUUUAAACUGAUGAGAGAAAAGAGGAUUGGAGGGCUCCCAGUGGUUGAAUGCAACGGACAAAAGGCAUUAGGAAAUAUAAGUGUACGGGAUGUUCAGUUUCUCCUUGCUGCCCCAGAAAUUUAUAAAGAUUACAGAUCCAUCACCGCGAAGAGCUUCUUGACAGCAGUUAGAAACCAUCUAAAGGAGCAGCAAGAGGCGUCACCAAUGUUGCGGGGCAUGAUUACGUGCAGGAAAGAUGAUACUAUCAAAGACGUAAUUCUGAAACUCGACUCAGAAAAGAUACAUAGAAUCUACGUAGUAGAUGCGGAUGAAAAUCUGGAAGGAGUGAUUUCACUGAGAGACAUAAUAUCCAAGCUAGUGCACGAGCCUCGUAAUUACUUUGGAGAUUUCUUUGAUGGGGUUAUUCCAUUACCUCGGAACAGCAGCAGUGUUUGAAAGUUCUUGUUUACUUGCAAUAAGCAGCUGCUCUUUCUGAACUGCUAGUUAUUUCAUGAUGGUUUUUAUGCCUCCUUUUUAAUGUUG